CCGACGAGCCCGGUCAAGAUUCCCUCCGCCAGCAACAACCGCCAUGGAACCCACCCUCAGAAGCGUCACACAUCUCAGCGCCGACGGACCCGUGAUUCGCGCUCGUCGGAGAUAAUGUCGCCUUCGCUUGCCGCUUUGCUGGCUGUGACAGAUAUUCCCCGGCCAAGACAACUUCAGCGCCGCCGUCGCACCGAAAAGACCCUGACUGUGGAAGAGGUCAUCGACUGCCAGCAGGCGUCUGAGAAGGAGCUGAGCUGGUCAUUUAGCCGCAGCCCUCUCGACAUGCUGCUUUCGCCUCCUCAUGAGAUUGCCGACGACGACGAUAGCGUUAGUGAUUGCAACAUCGGGUCCGCCAUGUCAAUCAGGACUUACUCUGUCGACUCGAUCCCUUCUCUUGAUGAGUCUUUCAGUAGUGAUUGCCUCUCGUCUCUCGACAGCCCCAGGACACCAAGCAUCUGCUCACGAAGGACGAGGUUUACUCCCAUGCGAAAGUCACUGGAGCCUGUCAUCUCGCCACCUGGAUCCGUGGACGAGCACCCCCUGGCUGGAGAUGACGCCGAUGUCGAUGAGAUGGACAUCAUCACCCUGGAACAGCCUGAGGAGGUUCAGCCCAGCAAGCUGCAAUUCCUGCAGCCCUUUAAGCCGCUUCGAUCUGUUUUCAAGUCCAACUUGACUGCAUCGCUGCGUGCUUUGAGAUCGGCUGCCAAGUCUUUCUCGGGCAUCAACCUUCCAUCUAUCCCUCCGGACGACUUCCUGACCCGCUCCAUUCUCACCAUCGACCCUAAUGUGCCCUAUGCUGAUGAACGCCGGCCACCCGUCUCGGAGGAGAUGCCUUCGGCAGCGAUGCGCCGUUACUUGAACCCUACGACGAAUGCACGGAUCGAAUCUCCGACAAAGACGGUAUUUGCAGGGACAUUUGCUGCUUCGAUUCAAAUGCGCACCUACAAGAUCCAGCGUUCCCGAACGGCGCCGGGAUCUUUCCGAAACGCUUAUCCGUCAACUUCGCUGCAGUCACAACCGUCACCUGCGCCUCAGCAGCCACAGCCGCAGGCCCCCACUCAGACACCGCCGGGCAUGCGACAGCGCGAAAUGCGUGAGAACCCCGAUUUCAUCCGUAUCGCCGUGAUGGAGAUGGCCAUGCGCAAACGCGGAAAACUAGACGACCAAAAACCCGGCCGGGCCCGCUGGGCGCUCCCUCCGAGACAGAUGUCGACAAAGCCCUACGAGGUGGCCCCCAGCGGAGUUCCGGUGCGGUGGAUUCCAAUCACC